GCAAAAAGGACGAGGGAGACGGAGAGAAGGGAGAGAAGAUGAUGAUGUUAUUGGGCUUCACGAGCGUUGGCGGAGGAAGCCUGAGAUGGGCGUCCCUCCCCUGCACCUUCUUAUCGAGGAAGAGGGCUCCUUCUUCUUCCUCCUCUCUCUUCGCCAAAGCUGGUACCACCACCAUCAAAAGUAAGCUCCUCCCUGGCCUCCGCAAUGCCUGUGGUUUUGCUACCAGCAGAGAAGCUGCUGCUGCACCACUCUGCACAGCUUCCCUCCAAACUGCCCCAAUCACCCACCAGGACAAAGUUCCAGAUGAGAAGACUCAGCAGUGGAAGGCCGCGAUAGAUUUCAAGUGGAUACGUGACAACAAGGAGGCAGUUGCCACUAACAUCAGGAACAGGAAGUCCACCGCCAAUCUGGAACUCGUGCUUGACCUCUAUGAUCAAUUCAGCACCCUUCAGAAGGAAGUGGAACGGCUUCGUGGGGAGAGGAAUGCCGUCGCAAAUAAGAUGAAGGGGAAACUCGAGCCUUCAGUCCGUCAAGCACUAAUUGAAGAAGGAAAGAAUCUCAAGGAGGGACUGUUGGCUUUAGAAGAAGACCUUGCACAGCUCACCGAUCAACUCCAACGAGAAGCUCAAUGCAUACCGAACCUCACCCACCCUGAUGUGCCCAUUGGGGGAGAAGAUAAGUCUGUCCUAAGGAAAACGGUUGGAAGUCCACGCGAAUUUGGCUUUCCCAUCAAAGACCAUGUUCAGCUCGGGAAGGAACUUGAUCUAUUUGAUUUUGAUGCAGCUGCGGAGGUCAGUGGUUCAAAGUUUUAUUACCUAAAGAAUGAAGCAGUUCUACUGGAAAUGGCCCUUGUUAACUGGGCGCUCUCUGAAGCUAUGAAAAGAGGUUUUGUGCCAUUGGCUACUCCUGAGAUUGUUCGAUCUUCUGUAGUAGAGAAAUGUGGUUUCCAACCUAGGGGACAAAAUACCCAGGUUUACUCCAUUGAAGGAAGUGAUCAAUGCCUCAUCGGAACUGCAGAGAUACCUGUAGGAGGGAUCCAUAUCGAUUCUAUUCUUUCUGAUUCACAGUUGCCUUUGAAGUAUGUAGCCUUCUCCCACUGUUUCCGUACAGAAGCUGGUGCUGCUGGCACUGCAACACGGGGUCUUUAUCGGGUUCAUCAAUUUAGCAAGGUUGAGAUGUUUAUCUUAUGCCGUCCAGAGGAAAGUGAUUUCUACCAUGACGAAUUGAUCAAACUUGAGGAGGAUAUGUUUACUUCUCUCGGCUUACAUUUCAAGAUCCUGGACAUGUCCUCAGAGGAUCUAGGUGCACCAGCGUAUCGUAAAUUUGACAUUGAAGCAUGGAUGCCAGGUCUUGGGCGCUAUGGAGAGAUAUCAAGUGCCUCGAAUUGUACCGAUUACCAAAGCCGAAGGCUAGGAAUCCGUUACCGGCCUUCCCCACCUGAGCAAUCACUGCCUCCACAUGCCAAAAAGGGAAAGUCCAAUGUUACCUCUACGCAGUUUGUGCACACCCUCAAUGCUACUGCCUGUGCUGUACCAAGGAUGAUGAUAUGUUUGUUGGAAAACUUUCAGCAGGAAGAUGGAUCUGUUGUAAUACCCCAAGCGUUGAGGCCAUUCAUCGGUGGUCUUAAUGCAAUCUCACCUAGGCCAAGAUGAAUAAGGUGUUGAUUAUCCUGUUCUUUUUUUUUUUCAUCUAUUCAUUUCUGGAUGCACAUGAGAGAAAAAGAAAAGGAUGAUAUUAGACAAAAGUUUUGCUCGGGAUUGUACUGCAUCCAUUCAGUUGUGGGAAGGUGCCUUUGCAUUUUGAUUGCAUCCCUAAGAAACAUGGAGGUUUUGUUACGCAUGUGACGUUGGCGCGUAUAGCAGGUACUCGUAGCCACUCACUUGUGGACAUGUAUUCAUGUGCAUGGUUCCGCCUCCAGUUAUGAGAGAGUUGCCUUCCCCAUAUAUGCAAUUUAAAUGCGAA